AUGGCGGCUUCCGAUCGCCCGCGCCCCAGUCACUUGCCCUUUAACGAGCAACUCUACAACCACAUUGCGUUACCGCGAGAUGUCCCGGGCCGCGAAGACAGGAACCUCUCCAGCCUCGAAGCCGCACUGCUCGCGCGCCUGAUUGACGCGACUUUGAUCACGAAGCCAGCUCUGCUUCGCGAGCUCCGUAGUCUGCAGCGGGAGCGGGUGCUCAUCUUACAUGUUUCUGCCCAGAACUCUGGUCUACUCAUCUACAACGACUACAGCGACUCGAAUGACCACCGGGUGGUUCUUGAAGCAUUCGAAGUCACACCAACCUGUGAACAAGUUCUCGCUACGAAGAAUGCGCUAUUACGAGACUUUCCCGGUUGCGCAGUCUCCAUUCCACACACCACGCUCCUCGAGGCAUCUUUUCUAAACAGCUUUUCAUCGUUCUUGCAGCAAGCCUCCGUCGAGUAUGUGACCAAGUUCUCUUCAGUCACCUACAAAGCAGGGGCCCCUCUACCAGAGAUCCGCAACACCAGUGAUCCUGCACUCGUGACGGGUUUGUUGAUGACAAUUCUGGAGGCCAAUGGUUCCACCACGAGUGUGCCGCUUCUGCGAAAGCGUGUGCGAGAUACUGUCAUGUUCGACCAGGCUCACAAGCCUUGGAGGCGAUCGCCCUUCUACCUCACCGUACGUGUCGCUAUGCAGCGCUAUUUCUACAGGCAGUUUGGAACCGACGUUGGAAGAUUGUACUAUAAAACGCUCAUGUGCCUGAUGCUACGACAAUUUUUGGAGGACGUCCUGAAGAGAAUACCUUUCGAGUCAGUCUCUUUCCUGCGUCAGAAAUUGGGUCGCCGGCUCGCCAAGCUUGCGAGCGAUCGUGCUGCAAUCACAGGACGUGUCAAUCCCUUGAUUACAAACGCGCUCAACUCGCUCGAGCUCAAUUUUGAGAGCACACUCCGUACCACUGGCGGCUGGUUAAAAGCAACAUGGCGCAACUACAAGAGCACCCAUGGGCGCUACGUGCCUUUGCUCAGCCCCCGCGUCCCGGCUGGGGCACUCAACCUACCCCUUCCAAACAGCUAUCCUGUUCUCAGUCGUAUCCUCGCGAGCCAAGCUGUUCAUACUGAUGUUGUGCAGCGUACUCCAGAUGAGUUGUUGAAACAAUACGAAGAGUCCGCUGCCUCUGUCAAGCCGUACAUGUACGCAGCACGUUCACAUAUUCAAAUCUCGCAGCACCACUCAGCGGUGAUCGAGCUUGCGAAAGGCUCCAGUACCUCCGGACACACUCGCAUUAUGGAACUGAGUGAGACCAUCCGAGAUUACAUCCACCAGGUCCAGAUAUCACCUGAAGGGUACCCCGAUCAGAAGAGUCGCAUGCUCCUACAUCUCAUGGAGCUAUGGGUGUUGAUGGAUGAGGAAGCCGUGACCUGCUACCCUCUUCUCCACGACUAUCACCCUGGCUUCGACCCUGAUCUACUCGAUCCUCUUCAGCUGCCUUCGUUGGACGAGCUGCUGCGUGUCCAAUCUGUUCAGUCUCAUAUCGACAAGCGAUACCGUGCGCGUCACGGCAUGCAGUCUAAAACCAUAUUUGACGACCCUGCUGACGACUGCUUUGCUGUAAGAUACUUCAAUGACUACGAUGAAGAAGGACGGUUGCUUCGCCUCGAGAUCGAAAGCAACGCCGACAAGCAGUGUGCAGACAAGAAAGCUGAAUGGGAAGAGAAGAGUGAACUCUACGCGGAGAUAAUCAGGAAGCGAGAUGAGACAACGUGUUUCUACGACGAUGUACCGCACAGGUAUAUGCCCAGUGUCAAUGAGUCCAGGCAUCGCCGGCCAUGUGAGUGGCACGAUCUUCGGGACGCCGCAAAGAGUAUUGAGAUCCGAACUUUCGAGCACCCUCUUCCGAGCUACGAACCUGCUGCCAAGGCGGCCAUAUUUGAGUUGAGGUGUCCCGAAUCCUUCGCUACAUACAGAAACGCGACUUGGUCCAUUCUAUCGAUCAUUUGCUGUCCAUCGCCGGCCAUGAAACCCAACAGGGCCUUUCUUCUUCGAGAGUACUCACAACUUCGGUCAUAUGCCAACGACUCAAACUGCGAGAUUACUCUUGCCUCCGAAAAGAAGGCUUUUUUGGAGACUCACUACGCAAGCUGGGGGUUUCCGGUCGGUUUCUGCGACGUGAUCCGCACUUGCGGGCUCAAGCCGAGGUACUACGAUACUUCCAGUCAAUCAUGGACUGGGUCACAUGACAAGGCGUCUCUAUGGCAUCACUUCCCUGUGAUGCUACCAAUCGACUCACCGUACUGGAUCCUCCAGCCGUCGUACGCCGACUGGCCCUCAUCGAACGAAAUCCAAGCGAGUCAAGUCGACUGCCCUGCAGAUAUUAGCGCGCACGAGUUCAUGGCGUGGCAGGGGCUCUUGGUCGGCACGCACUCAAGAUGGCUGGAUCUCAUUCGCGAGUUGGGCUCCACUAAUCUCAACUUCUCAGCUGAGGCUACUUGGGUCCUUGUCGUACGCCUAAUCCUUCAAGUUGGUCCAGCUUCGACAACCUCGGAUCCUCGGCGAGAUGUCCAUACAGCGCUGCAUGACGAUACCUUGUGCUCAAGGCUGCUACACCAAGUCCAGCAGCGUCUCGACGCCAUCCAUCACAAUUGGCGCGAACCAGUACAGAUGGAUAUACUCAUUUCCAUCUUGCUGAAAGUCGUCUCACUCUCUAAAUCCCCCGACAUACAAGAGAUAAGUGUAGCAUUGCUGCUGCAAGCGCGUAACGCGACCGAUCUUUGGCGAUCUGAACUGCAGGUAGUCGUUACAAGCGAUGCCAGUAUGCGGCCGUUUGCAGUCUGGGCUUCCCUGCUAUGCAAGCGAACUUUGCACACCGAUCCGGAACACUUGCUGGAUACUGUGGCGCUCCAGCAAUACAUCAGUGCUUCCAUAUCUUUGAACUAUAAUCUCGUCGAGGAGUUCAAGUACUUGCUAUACAAGAUAAGGAACGCAAUCAUUCACGAUGUCUUGUAUUCGUACGAGAAUCGUAGCCUUCUGAGACGUUCCAUCCUCUCGAACCCAGAAGCCUUGAUCAACGCCGUGGACCGCUUAUGCCAGGUUCCUGAGGGCUAUGAAGCUACUAUCUCGGACUCAUCUACUGGCACAUGGUGGGUACUGCUCGAGUUGAAGUCUACAAACAGCAGUUACAGCCACUCAUACUUCGUGCACUACAACUACGUUUAUGGUACUCUGCUCAUCGAUGGACAAGAAAUGAGCACCCUUCCGUUGACAUACCGACGAGAUCCGCUCUAUCGACAAAUCUUGGGAGAUAGAAACCCCAUUGUGUUUCCUUCGCUGCUCCCAGGUAUGUCAUGGGCAGUCUCUGAGCCAAUGAAGAGAGACCAGCGUAUACAUCUUGGGUUUCGGCAGCGUACUCUGAUUGUUCGUGCAGUGCAAUACGACCAACUUUAUGAGUACAUACCAGCUGAAGUUUUCGGCACGACAUCACGCGAUCUUCCAGCUCCUCUUAUAACGGGUUGUUACCACUGGCUGAACGUACGGAAGGGCGAGCUCGAGAUUCGUCGGCAAGACAUAUGGAUAUCAAAACCCAACAACUGGUGGAUUUACGGUAUUCCAUACGGACAAUGCCAGGCUGUCAGACGGUUUGGACACCUUUCCGCAACCACGUUGUUGAAUUCUUCCAACGAGACCGUGCAACGGAUUGGUACUAUUUUCAGGUCGUUCGUGGACCUCAAUCAGAUCAUUGUGUUCACCUCGCGAGAAGGCAAGAUCACCGUCGAGCUCAAGCCUUUGGAGCUCAGCUUUUAUAUCAACGAAAGAGGCUUGUUGCAUUCUACUCGGCUUGGCGCAAAUGUCACUCAGGACCAAGAUGCUGGCACAUGGUACGGCCUGAGGAGCAAGCUCGUUGUCCAGUCAGCAGCCAAUCGUCGCCAGAAGAGCAUCCUAGUGCCAUACAACGAAGAUUUUCAAGUUACACGGGACAAUGUCCAUGUGUCUGUUGAGAUCCGUACAGGUGGAGAUAAGUACCUGAAAUACGACAUCAACGAAGUAUUGGGACGCAUCGACUGCCCUCCCGAGCCAAGCCUCCUUUACAUUAAGGCACUCCUGCAUGCACUCACUUCACAUGUGAUGCCUGAUUCGCUAACUUCGCGGACUGGAGUGGAAGAGGCAAUCCGCCUUCUUCAGACAGGACUCUACCAGCCAUGGUGUCCACUGGGACCGAGCCACGUAACGCUUCUGCAGCGUUUAGCGGAGCUCUCUCCAAUGCGCGGGUACUAUCCCGUGGACUCGCAAUUCAUGGAGACGUUGGCAUGGCGGGCUGAUUUGACGCGCCAUAUCCAGGACGAUCGGUUCAGGCCGUACGUUGAAAAGGUUCUUGAACGAAAUUCUUCUCUACUCAAGUUCAUCCCGGGCGCCACGAAACUAGAAGAGACUGCGAAGGCGUUGGUCAAGCCUAAUGCUCAUUUGGCGACACGAGCAACGUCACGCACAUACGUCCAACAUACCAGGGAGGAUGAUCUGAUUUACCUUGGAAGAGAUAAGCGUGCGACGAGCAUGGUUCGAGCGAACGCCUUCCACAUAACCAGACAGCUUCUUAUGCAGCAGCUCUGGCCAGCCGACUCGCCUAGUGUCCUCAGUCUGUUGCACGACGCAUCUUUGGUUGGCGGCUACGACAAGUGCUUUCAGAAGGUUCUGCUCACGGACUUGCUUGCUGUUGAUAUUAAGGCAGAAUGGGGUGCACUUACGCAGCGGGCGAUGAAGUGCGAACCACACGAUCGUUACAAUCUCAUGUUCCUGCUGGGACCGAUGGCGUUCUCUGAAGAUGCCAACGUAGAUCUGCUCCACAAGCUCAUCUCCUUUGUCAUGUCUCCAGACGUCAAAUCACUCCAGCCGCCUCAGCAUGCUGCGUACUUCCACUUUCGCGCUGACGGAGCGCCACCCUCUUCCUACCUUGUGUCCUUGAUGGAGAAGGCGAGAAUGCCUUUUGUCUCAGUGGGCUUUAAGAAGCGAUCCCAAGUCGUUGUCGCGGAGAACAACCAUGGGCAGUACGUCGAAAAGAGCUGCGAAGCUUUGGCCUGUUCGAUACAGACUCAGUGGCCACAACCCGAGAUCGAUGUUACCAAAUUAGCAGAUGUCGACCCUGCACACCUUGAUGUUGAGAGAGCGCUGGAGGACCUGGCACCGGAGUGGCAACGUUUGACUCGAAAUCACGAGCUUGCAAUGUAUCUUGAGCAGGUGCAAGUAUUGUUGGACCGAUCAAGCGCGGCUCAGAUGAACACACCGAAUUCCGCACCAAGCUUUAGCGGGCCGCACACGGACAUCUCAACCACCUCCAGGCCUCAACAGUUGUACUCGUCAAGGAACAGGUAUGGGGAUGAUCUCUCAUUACCCAAACUACUGCAGCAGCCAAUUCGUCGCGUCAAUUACCAGCGUGGAGGGAUUUCGGCUACUGUUGGCACGCUCAUGCUGAGACCUGUAAACACGCUACCACGUUCAAGCACCCUCAACGGCACACCCAACCAGCACACCAAGAAACCUCCCCCAGAAGCUCGAAAACCUUUGACGACCUCCAGCAGUAGUCGGAUUCCUGAGAUCUUGAAGCUCAGAAAUAUUGUAAGCGACUUUCGAAACCAGACUUCGUUCGUGUACUCUCGCUAUGCCGAUGAGAUGGAUGCUAGUAUCGACGCCCUCCAGCUGCAUGUGAAGAACCAACAGAAACCUACUCAGCUGAUCAAUCGCUGGAUCGGAAACGAUGACCUUCGACCAGCCAAAUACAACGUCAAGAUGAUUGUGGAAGAAGUGAGUCAAGGUUUGGCUACGCAGGAUCCGCAAGCGAAGUGGCUCCAACUAGUCGAUCUAUGGCCGAAAAUGACGGCCACUGAUCUCCUUACAGAAUUACGAUCCAUCUCCGGCAACACCUUCGGAUCUGGUACGAAAGAAGCCCUUGUAUCAUUGGGCGUAGCUGUCACAAAGCUGCAACAAAUGUUGCGUAUACAGGAUGCCCAGAAGAAACAAAAGGAGCAGCAGCGACGCGAAGAGUGUGCCAACCGCGGACACACUAACUGGGACCCCUUUGACUACACUGACUGGCUUCUCCUGGAGAUUGAUGGCGAUAUCAUGCUUCGCGAAGAGCAAGUAAAAGUGGCCCUGGCAACGAUAGCACCGGCGUCAGGCGAGAACUCAGUCCUGCAGCUGUUGAUGGGCAAAGGCAAGACAUCAUGCAUUCUCCCAAUGGUCGCCGCCGUACUAGCAAACAAGCAGGAUUUGGCGCGCAUCGUAGUCCCACGUCCGUUGCUCUUGCAGUCUGCGCAAGUGUUGCACGCAAAGCUUGGAAGUCUGGUCAACCGCGAAAUCAUGCAUAUUCCCUUCUCACGCAAGACACCUACCAAUCUGCCUCUGAUGCGAUUGUAUCGGCAAUUGCAUUCACGAAUGAGUGACCGUGGCGGCGUCAUGAUCUCACUUCCUGAACAUCUUCUCUCCUUCAAACUGAGCGGGCUACAGCAGCUAGCUGAUGGUCACGUGGAAGUCUCCACGGUCAUGUUUCAAACUCAAGACUGGCUUGAUACUCGCGCCCGGGACGUUCUGGACGAAUGUGAUGUCUCUUUGGCGAUCCGGAUGCAAUUGAUAUACCCUUCGGGCUCGCAAAUGUCUGUGGACGGUCACCCCAUCCGUUGGCAGAUUAUCCAACUCCUUCUCCACCGUACGCAGAACUUCAUCACUGCUGUCCAAUCGCGCUUUCGCAACAGUUUGGAAGUCGUCAAUCGGAUCGAGGGCGGAUUUCCCCUCAUCUACUUCCUACGCAAGGAUGCUGAAGACUACUUAAUCGAGCUGCUCGUACGCGACAUCUGCAAAGGCAACUGUCCCUUUUUACCCUGUGCAGAGUUUCCAGCAACGGUCCAGGAGGACCUCUUGAGCUACAUCUCGAGUACUUCUAUACGCAGUGAGUUGGUCCGAAGGAUCACUGCAUUCUUCAAAGACAAGUCACAGCUCUUGAAAGCCACGAACCUUCUGCGUGGCUUGUUCGUCCAUCGCAUCCUGAUAUCGGGCCUUAAGAAGCACUGGAAUGUACAAUAUGGGCUGGACGCCACGCGAGCUCCAAUUGCAGUACCAUACCUCGCGAAAGGCGUACCAUCGGUAGCCGCUGAAUGGGGGCAUCCGGAUGUUGCCAUCAUCUUGACAUGCCUUUCGUUUUACUACCAAGGUCUCAAUCUUAAUCAGUUCAAACAAGUCUUUGAACAGCUUGGGAAGAUGGACGAUCCGAGCGUGGAGUACGCAAGAUGGGUCUUCCCUCGCGCGCCACUUGGCCUUGAGGACUACAGUGCCGUCAACGCAGAGGAUGGAUGGCAGUUGAACAAGCUCUUCCAACUCAUCCGUCUGAAUGCCUCUCUGGUGAACUUCUAUCUCAACAACUUCGUUUUCCCGCAGUACGCGAAGACCUUCAGCGUCAAGCUUCAGGCGUCUGGGUGGAACUUAUUUCCCUCCCAGGCAGACCCAGGCUGCCACGUGACUGGAUUUUCGGGCACGAACGACACGCGACAUCAGCUCCCCAUGCUGAUCAAGCAGGCUGAUCUACCUGAGCUUGCGCAUACUAAUGCAGAGGUCCCUUACUAUCUCAUGGCUGAACGCAACCGUGGAUACAUCCGCAUGAAUCACACAACCGGACAACGUUGGACAGAACUAGACCUGAUCAGAAAUCUGGCUAAGCCUGUAGGGUCUCCCAAGACGAGAAUCCUCAUCGAUGCCGGUGCUCAGGUCCUAGAACAUGCCAACCGAGACUUUGCUAAAGCCUGGCUUGAUGAGGACACUGAUGCGGCUGCGGCAGUGUACUUCAGUGACGAUCAUCGAGCCUGGGUGCUGUAUCGCACUGGCAAUCGCACGCCGCUGCUAGCAUCGCCUUUUGCUGACAGCCUGGAUCGAUGUGUGGUCUACAUGGACGAGAGCCAUUGCCGAGGCACAGAUCUCAAACUCCCCGUGUACGGCAACGCUGCGUUGACUCUAGGACAACACCUCACCAAAGAUGCGCUGGUGCAAGCAGCUAUGCGUUUGCGCUUACUCGGUCAAUCGCAAUCUGUAACAUUCUAUUCGCCUCCAGAAGUCCACCAAAGCAUUUUGGAUCGGCUGAACAAAAACACUUCCUUCCGCCCGGACUCGGCGGCAGUAUUGGCCUGGGUUUUCGGGCAGACAUGCGACAUACUGGAGCAGCAAGAGCCCUCAUAUAUUGCACAGGCAUUGCAGUAUAUGCAACAGAAGCAAGCUAGGCUGAGCUACCCAUUCUUCCUGAACAAUGAGCACGCUAGAUCAGAGUUCUUGUCUGCGAUACUUCAGAAGGAAGCUCUACUUAUCAAGGACAUGUAUCAGCCUGGUGGCAAUCGCCGCACUGGAUUCAAUAAGCCUUCUGCGUGGGAUGCCUCUUUGCAAAUGGAUGUGAAGCUGCUCCAAGAUCGCCAGAAGCAGUUUCAGGACAAUGGCUCCGCUGUACAUGCCUCGGUACUAGAAGAGGUCGAGAUUGAACAGGAGCGCGAGCUCGAGCUCGAGGUAGAACAUGAGGUCGAGAAUGUGCGCGAAGUGCAACAGCCACCAAGGUUCCGUGCACUCCAAGUCUCCAAGCUGCAUGCGGAUGUUGAGCAUUUUGUUGUAUUCGGCAGGCUCGUCGCCGGUAGCAGCGCCUACCACCCGAUGUUCUCUGCUCUAAGUCAAACUGCUUUGGGUCUCAAGCGAAGCGUCUCACCCUCCAUGCCAUCCAACCUGUGGGUAUCAGCACAGUUCAGCCGAACAGUUGAUGUCUACCGACCCAACGAUGUAUACGUGCGACCAAGUCAGUGGGUUGUAUGGAGCUCUAUUAGUGAGAAGGCUCUUCUCAUCAGUCCGGAGGAAGCCAAUUUUCUCAUCCCCAUUCUACGAUCCAAAACCGAACCGGGAGGCGUGCACCUCAUUGUGUACGCUGCACCGGUCACACGGCGCAUGCUUCACUUCAACAGCCUCGAUUACCACGCUACGCCACCGCUUCCUGCUGGGUUCAAGCCUUCCACUUGGCUUCAGGUCGAGUUGGGCAUCUUCUCCGGGCGCCUACAUCUUGACUGGCGUGAGUAUGCUGAACUGCUUGGCUACCUAGGCUUGAAACAGGACCUUUCUGUCGAUCCAGAUGCGCAUCCGUUUGCCGCAAAGCCUCUCACCUUCCUUCACGAGUGGAUCAACAUCCGCCGCAAGGGUCAGGCCUUCGAGCACACUCCCAUGGGCUUUAUCACGACCGGCAAGCCGCUCACUGAGAACCAUGCAUUCUUCCAGACCUCAGCUCACGAGGCUCAUGCGGAUAUCCGGCCUCGUAUCGCGCGCGUCGGAUCAGGCGAAGAUGAGCAGGAGGAGGACAAGGAUGAGGACAGUGAUCAUGACGAUGAUGAGGAGUUUGUGCCUGUGGUUGAGCAUGUUGAUGAUUCCGAUACGGAAGAUGAGGGCUCAGAAGAGGACGAGGAGUUUGAGGAUGCGCAAGAGAAUGUACACGAGGCCUCGGAGUAGAUUGUAGUUACCAGAGCCUUGCGAGGCCGCG